AUAUGUGCUCUUUUGCACAUCUCUCUUCCAGCCACCAUUUCAUCUGUUCCGAUCUGGUGGAGCAGAACAAAGUUGAAAAUAUUUUAAAAUUUAUACAGCCAUAUUUUUCAGUUAUUUCAAAAAUGUCUCAAUUUCCCGAUACAUAUCUCCCCCUGAACAGUUCGGUUACUAAUCAACUCGAUCCAUAUCCUGAUUCUCCGACCAAUGCAUCGUUUAUCCCACCGCUGGGGAAAUUCUUCAUCGUGCUUAUCUUGCCCAUGGUCACGUCAUCCGUGCUGGUUUAUCUGUACAAGAUCGACGAGUUGGACCCCGCCGCGAGACAGUUGGUGUGGGAUCGAUUUCCAGGAUUUUUGUUGGCAAUUGCACUUAUUUGUUCCGUGGUGACGUUGCUGUACAUUUUGUGCAUGGCGAAUAUUAAAGCCCGAAAAGAAUGGAAAAUCAAGGACAGCUUCCUCCUUCCUCAAGGUGGGAGAAAAAUGCUUGGUUGCGACGCUAUAUUUGUGCUAAGAUGGUGCGAAAAAGAGCAAAAUUGCUGGGUUGGCGUGUCUCGUGAGAAACUAAGGACGGAUUUUGGAAAGUUCUUGUCAAGAUUCUUUCGAGUCAUUGAUGAUAAGCUGUGUCGAAUUUGGGAAGACAGAGUUCAGAAUGACCUGGAAAUCUAUAUGAUGGUCGGAAAUCUGUUGGCAACUGCUCCGCCACCUGGAGAUGAGGAAGUUACCGCACGAUGGAUCAAGUUCAUGAAGGAGAUGGAUCGGUUUUUGGAGAAAAGAGAGAAAAAGGGAAACUGAAAAGCUUGAGUAGAUGCAAAUGGAUCAAUUGACCUAGAAUUUGACUCAUAUUUUGAUAUACUUCUCUAAUAUGCAUACUAAAUAUGCAUAACUUGAACAAAGAAAAUUGACAGCUUUGUAGUAUUCCUGAAUAUGUAGAUAGCAGAGAAGAAAUUGAAAUAUUUAUGUAACAUUAUCACAUUCCAGCUAGAUAGAUAAUUCAAUGUGCUAAAAAAGUACC